AUGGCGAAAGACGUCGACGAGAGUAGAGUCCUACAACAUGGCCACGCCGAAGCGUCUGCGACUACAGAUGCGGAAACUGCCAAGGCAGACGAGCACGAGAUGGCGAUCCCAGUCACUGACGACGCCUGGUUGGCCGUAGAGAAACGCCUUCGUCGCAAGCUCGACCUCACUCUCAUGCCCAUCAUUUGGAUACAUGCUCAUGCAGCUGCCGAGCAACAUGCUCCUUACCCGAGUGCGACCAUCACUCUAUAUCCCAUUCUGGGUGUGCGCAUGGUCUUGCAUAUCAGCCUCAACCGCCGCAACUCAUAG